GUGGAACUGUUGUCGACUCCCUCAACCAUCGUACUCACUGACAGUCAUUGGCAUUGGGCAGAGCCUACAGGUCACCUCAAUGCAUUUCACCACUCAAAAAGCCCCAAGAGCCAUCAUUUUUAAGGGGGUCCUGUGACCUUUAUGACUUUGGUUCGAAUACAGUCUGGUCGGGUCUGACGGUCAAUUCGAAAACUUAAAAACUUUUGCGUGGAAUUCAAUCAGUCAUAUUCGGCUUGUGGUCGAAAUGCGUGGGAUAAUGCAUCAUGAUCAACUCGAGACCGCGCACAACUCCAUUCAUCGGCGAACAAAGGCGUUCCACAACCAACGUUCUUUCGCUGGUUUCAGCACAUUUCGGUUAUUCAUUAAACAGCCGUUAGAGUGUAUUUGAAGACGGUUAUCAGAUGUACUGGACCAUAUCAUACCGAUAUGUUGUCUGUUUGCAUCUUUGUCUUGACGAUUACUCUCUUUGCUCUGGCGAUCGGCAAGGCAUUUCGCAAAGAUCCUUUGGAACAAUUUCCAGGACCGUGGUUGGCGAAGUGGACGUGGAUAUACCGGGCUUACUAUGACAUCGUGGUUGGAGGAGGCUGGCUAUCGCAUUUGGAGACACUACAUGAACGUUACGGUCCUGUUGUGAGAGUCGGUCACAACGAGUUACACUUUGCCGAUCCUUCAGCUUACACCGAUAUCUAUACAUCGUUCCCAGUCCACCGCAAGGACCCAAAGUUCUAUAGCACCUUCUCACUGACUGCGCCUUCGACAUUCGCAGAAAUGGAUCCUAAAGAACAUGCCAUCAUCAGGAGUAUGAUCGCGCCGUUCUUUUCGAGGAAGAGUGUACUAGGCUUGGAAUUUGUUAUUCAGGAACAGAUUGACCAACUUAUCCAACAACUUCUCCAGAAACACCGGUCAUUGCCUGUUGAUAUGGAUCUAGCAUUUCGCUCUGUCACUUUGGAUAUCAUUACGCUAUACACUUUUGGGAUCUCGAUCAAUGCAGUCUCGACACCACUUUUUCAGCAUCCGGUAUUACUAGACUCCGAGAAGCAUGCCAGGAACAAAUGGUUUUUCAAACAUUUUCCUCGCAUCAAAAGUUUAAUGGUGACUUUUCCUUCAUGGUUUGCUGCGGCUAUAGGGAGAAAGGCGUCUUUUAGCUUUGUCAAGGAAAUAACGAAGCUAGUGGAUGACGCACUAAAUCAUGAAGACGGGCUUUGUUCGCACAUGCACAAAAACAUUUAUCAUACCCUCCUCAGUGACUCGACACCAACGAUGAAGAAAAAGGACAGAUUGAACAGAAGGUGGCUUAUCGGCGAAGGACUAAAUCUCCGUGGCGCGGGAAGUGAUACCGUCGGCAACAUAUGCACUAUUGGUGCGCGUUACCUCUUGAAUGAUAAGAGGGUCCUCCGAAAACUUCAGGACGAGUUGGAUACAGCUUGGCAAGACAAAGACGACAUGUUUCCUCUAGAGCGGCUAGAGAGACUGUCAUACCUAACUGCAGUCAUCAAGGAAUCCCUUCGUUUGGGCCAUGGCGUUGUUACGCCUAUGCCCCGCAUCGUGCCUGAAACUGGGUCGGUUAUUACGGGUUAUCAUGUUCCUGCGGGAACAAGUGUGGCCCUUGGAAAUACAUUUGUUCAUAUGAACCCUGUUAUCUUCCCAAAUCCUACCCGAUUUUAUCCUGAAAGAUGGUUAGAAGAAGAUCGUCACAGCGCUGAAAGAUAUUUGGUGGCUUUUGGUAAGGGAAGCAGGAGCUGCUUAGGGAUCACCCUUGCCUGGUGUGAGUUGUACUUGAUAUUCGGAAACUUGUUCCGGAAACUCGAUUUAUUUGCAAUGAAUGAUAUUGGUCUCUCAACCAAUUCAGGUCAACCCUAUACAUUCAAGAUUACUUCAUACCCUGUUACGGUGGGGAAACUUUGAAGGUGGUCGCAAUUCCAAGGUGAUGACGAUGGUGCUCGCUCUCUGAGCGAGAGUUUCUCAUGAAUGUAC